AUGCAUAAACUAUGUGGUUAUAGCUAUGUGGUUGUUCAUAUAAACUGUUUACUUAAUUAUGAGAUUACAAGUUAUGAUUUAUAUAGAGGAUCAGAUGCAUUAAAAAGAUUUGUUACAAUAAUAGAAGAGAAGCUUUUAACCAUUCAGAAAGAUUUAUCUACACCAGCUGAAAUAAUCAUAGUACCUAGAGAUCUUAAAGAGUAUAAUGAAAUAACUGAAUGCUGGAUUU